UCGAAGACUAUGUUUGUUUAGAGUUUGUAGAAAUAAAUGAAUCAAUAAAUAACUAAAUAAGGGUUGCAAGUCAGGAGUCAGUGGAGAGAUUGGUCUCAGGAGCCGCUUCCGAGCGGAAGAUGGCGGUCGGGAUGCUGACCGAGGCUGGACUCCGAGGCCGCAUCCCAAACCGCUUGCUAUUGGGCGCUUGAGUGUGCUACGUAGGGCGCGUAAUAUGCUUGUGUCACACCCUAUCUAGGGAACCUCUAGAGGGCGUCAGGGAGGCGUUUGGGACGCAGCCCGUGUGAGCGGGUCUUCCUAGCCAGAUAGCUAGGUUGGAAAAAACUGAGCAAUUAUGUUGGAGUUUUGAUGAGUUGUUCCUCGGGAGUCGUGGGGAUGAUUUUAAAGGGUGUUUUAACACCUUUUUUUGGUCUUCAGACAUUGUUUUUAUGCUCCUGGAGACUCCACGGAGACUUUUCUUUGCGUUAUUCUUCAUUACUGCUAGCUCUCCUAUAGGGCUCUGAGACACAAAAAAGUGGAUUAAAAUGUCGGAUACGAAGGUAAAAGUCGCUGUCCGAGUCCGGCCCAUGAACCGCAGGGAGAUUGAGCUGAGCACCAAAUGUGUGGUGGAAAUGGAGGAGAAUCAGACCAUCCUGCACCCUCCACCUUCCAAUGCAAAGGGAGAAAACAGGAAACAACCCAAGGUGUUUGCCUUCGACCACUGUUUCUGGUCCAUGGAUGAGUCCAACAUCCCGAAAUAUGCAGGUCAGGAGGUGGUCUUCAGGUGUUUGGGUGAGGGGAUCCUGGAGAACGCCUUUCAGGGAUACAACGCCUGCAUAUUCGCCUACGGACAAACAGGCUCGGGGAAGUCGUACUCCAUGAUGGGGAGUGUUGAUCAGCCCGGUUUAAUCCCACGUCUCUGCUGCUCGCUGUUCGAAAGAGUCAGCCGUGAGCAGAGCGACUCACACACCUUUAAAGUAGAAGUUUCCUACAUGGAGAUCUACAACGAGAAAGUGAGAGACCUCCUGGACCCCAAAGGGAGUCGUCAGUCUCUGAAGGUGAGGGAACACAAGGUUCUGGGUCCAUAUGUAGACGGUUUGUCUCAGCUGGCUGUGACGAGCUUCCAGGAUAUCGAGUGUGUGAUGUCAGAGGGUAAUAAGUCUCGUACCGUCGCUGCUACGAACAUGAACGAGGAGAGCAGCCGAUCUCACGCCGUCUUCAGCAUCAUCAUCACACAGACACUAUACGACCUGCAGUCUGGGAACUCAGGUGAGAAGGUGAGUAAGGUGAGUCUGGUGGAUCUGGCUGGCAGCGAGCGCGUGUCUAAAACCGGAGCAGCGGGCGAGAGGCUAAAGGAGGGGAGCAACAUCAACAGGUCUCUGACCACUCUGGGCUGUGUGAUCUCGGCUCUGGCGGAUCAGUCAGCAGGAAAAGGCAAGACCAAGUUUGUGCCGUACAGAGACUCGGUGCUCACCUGGCUGCUGAAGGAUAAUCUGGGCGGGAACAGCAAGACGGCCAUGAUUGCCACGGUGAGCCCGGCGGCGGAUAAUUACGAGGAGACGCUGUCCACGCUGCGCUACGCCGACCGCGCCAAGAGGAUCGUCAAUCACGCCGUGGUCAACGAGGACCCGAACGCUCGCAUCAUCAGGGAGCUGAGAGAGGAAGUGGAGAAGCUGAGGGUGCAGCUCUCUCAGGCUGAGUCUCUGAAAGCCCCCGAGCUGCAGGAGAAGCUGCAGGAGUCAGAGAAACUCAUCCAAGAGAUGACCAUCACCUGGGAGGAGAAACUCAGGAAGACCGAGGAAAUCGCACAGGAGCGACAGAAGCAGCUGGAGAGUAUGGGAAUCUCUCUGGAGUCCUCAGGGAUUAAGGUUGGAGAGGAUAAGUGUUUCCUGGUCAACCUGAACGCUGACCCCGCCCUCAACGAGCUGCUCGUUUAUUAUCUGAAGGAGCAUACGCGUGUGGGAGCGGACACAUCUCAGGACAUCCAGCUGUUUGGUAUCGGCAUUCAGCCAGAGCACUGCGUCAUCGAUAUCACUCCCGACGGAGACGUCACACUCUGUCCUGUAGAGAACGCCAGAACGUGUGUGAAUGGGACUAUAGUUUACUCCACGGUUCAUCUUUGGCACGGAGAUCGCAUCUUAUGGGGCAAUAAUCACUUUUUCAGAGCGAACCUGCCGAAGCGUAAGCGCCGUGACCGUUUGAAGGAUUUGGAGCGCGAGUCUCCUCGCUCGAGUUUCGUCGACGUGGAUGUGGAGACGGCGAGCGAGGCUUCGUCUGAGCAGGACUACAGCUACGAGUUCGCUCAGAUGGAGGUCAUGAUGAAAACGCUGGGGAGUAACGAUCCGAUCCAGAAUGUGGUUCAGGUGCUGGAGAAGCAGUAUCUGGAGGAGAAGCGCUCGGCGUUAGAGGAGCAGCGUCUGCGUUACGAGCGAGAGCUCGACCUCCUCCGUCAACAGCUUUCUCCGGAAAGAUCCUCCCAACACCAUCAACGCAGCAACAGCGACCGCCUCACCUUCCCGACACACACCACACACACCAAGAUGCGUCUGUGGACCGAGGAGAGGGACGAGCUGUUCCGGCAGAGUUUGUCUCGGCUGCGCGAGCAGGUGGUUCGCGCUAACACGCUUGUGCGAGAGGCUAACUUCCUGUCGGAGGAGAUGGGCAAGCACACCGACUACCAGGUGACGCUGCAGAUCCCUGCCGCGCACCUGAGCGCCAAUCGCAAGCGAGGAGCGAUCGUGAGCGAGCCCGCCAUCCAGGUGCGUCGCAAAGGUAAAGGCACACAGGUGUGGACCAUCGAGAAGCUGGAGAACAAACUGGUGGACAUGAGGGACCAGUACAGGGAGUGGAAGGAAGGAGGACGGGAUACGCCUGCAAAGCCGCACAGCAAGCAGGCCGACCCGUUCUACGAAGCUCAGGAGAACCACAACCUGAUCGGCGUAGCCAACGUUUUUCUGGAGUGCCUCUUUCACGAUGUCAAGCUUCAGUACGCAGUUCCCAUCAUCAGCCAGCAGGGGGAGGUGGCGGGCCGGCUGCACGUGGAGCUGAUGCGAGUGUGUGGGGCGGUGCCUGAGCGGCUGGUGGGCGGAGACGACUCGUCUGAGAACUCGAGUGAGAGCAGCAGCUACGAAGUGAUGGAUACCAACGGAGAGAUCGUUCACAUGGCCAGGAAACUCACCUGCAGGGUCCGGAUCCGUAAAGCGACCGGUUUGCCUCUCAACCUGUCCAACUUUGUGUUCUGUCAGUACACGUUCUGGGAGCAGGCGGAGCCUGCUGUGGCCCCGCCCAUGGUCAGCCCAGAUACGCCCACUUCUCGUACCGCGGAUGCGCAGUUUACUGUAUUGUUUGAUCACUGCAAGGACUACGUGGUUCACGUCUCCGAUGAGUUUGUGGAGUUUAUCUCAGAUGGCGUGUUGGCCAUCGAGGUGUGGGGGCAUCGCUGUGCUGGGAACGGACACGCCCACUGGGAACUGAACACACUGCAGGCCAAGACGCGCACACUCCGGGACAGGUGGAGCGAGGUGUCGCGCAGGAUUGAGUUGUGGGUGUCCAUACAGGAGCUGAAUGAGCAGGGUGUGUACUCAGCCGUGGAGCUUCACCCCAGCAGAGACAUCAGCACUGGGGGAGUGUUCCAGCUGCGACAGGGUCACUCUCGGAGGCUGCAGGUGUGUGUGAAGCCGGUGCAGCACUCGGGGACGUUGCCGCUGUUAGUGGAGGCCGUUCUGUCCGUCUCUAUCGGCUGUGUUUCUGCUCGAUCCGCUAAACUCCAGAGAGCCCUCGACAGCUACCAGAGGGAGGAGGAUGACGAUAUGGAUAGUUAUCAGGAAGAGGAUCUGAACUGCGUGCGCGAGCGCUGGUCCGAGGCGCUCAUCAAACGUCGCGAGUAUCUGGACGAACAGUUAAAAAAGAUCAUGAACAAAUCAGAGAAGUCUGAGGAGGAUGUAGAGAGGGAGGCGCGGUUAGUGGAGCAGUGGGUGGGGCUAACUGAGGAGCGAAACACUGUGCUGGUCCCAGCUCCAGGCAGUGGCAUCCCUGGAGCACCUGCGCAGUGGGUGCCCCCUUCAGGCAUGGAGGCUCACGUCCCUGUUUUGUUUCUGGACCUGAAUGCUGAUAAUCUGACGGCGAGCGAGCAGCUGACGGGGUCACACGCCGCCGGGGUCAACUCCAUCCUCCCUAAAGAACACGGCAGCCAGUUCUUCUACCUUCCCAUCAUCAAACACAGUGAUGACGAGGUGUGUGUGACGUGCUCUUGGGAUUCGUCCAUUCAUGACUCCAUCUACCUGAACCGCGUGACGGCGCCCGGCGAGCGCAUCUACCUGAUCAUCAAAGCCACGGUGCAGCUCAGCCACCCGGCCAGCAUGGAGCUCGUCCUGCGCAAGAGGAUCGCCGUCAACAUCUACAACAAACAGAGCUUCACACAGAGUCUGAAGAGGAGAAUGUCUCUGAGAAACAUGCUGCACUCCUGUGGAGUUAUGUAUGAAAUCGUCUCCAACAUACCAAAGGCGUCUGAGGAGCCGGAGGAGAGGGAGACGCUGGCAUUAAUGGCGGCGCGCAGUGAAGCCGAGGAGACGCAGGAUGGAGAGACGUACAUCGAGAAAUACACUAGAGGAGUUCUGGAGGUGGCGAAUAUCCUGUGCCUCGAGAGACUGCGACAGGCGGUGACGGUGAAAGAAGCGCUCUCAAUUAAAAGCAGACACAUACGGAGAAGCCUGAGUACUCCCAAUGUCCAGCAUACCUCAUGUUGUAAGUCAGAUGUGACAGCGUGUGGUGAAGAUGGCGAAGAUCCGAAAGGUCACUGUGAGGUUCAGCAGGACGCCUCGGACUGCUCUCAUCACGAGACGUCGGUCUCCAUGGCAACCACAAAAGACACGCCUCUCAAAACCAAGGAGAAUCACGGCUCGGUUCCGGAGAGUCCCACGUUCUUCAACUCGAGUCCGUUUAAAGCGCUCUCGCCUCAGCCGCCCAAGUUCCUCAAAUCCCUGAUGCCUGUUCGGGAGGAGAGCAAAGCCAAGCGCGCGCUAGAGGCUCGGCCUCUGCUGGGGCAGGAGAGCAUGCGCUGGUUAGUGGCUCGAGGUGGCCCCUGGCUCCGCCCACGGGCUCGGAGUGAGGGCCACUGCAGCACGACAAACCACACCCACCUCAGAGUCACACCUACACACACUGCUGAUUCGGAAGAGGAGGAGCCUGAGCUGGACCGCUGCGCUCCCACCUCUGUUUCUCUCCGUCACUUCCGAACGUACAUCCCCGAGGACUUCGCCAACUUCGAGGUGUACAACGCCAGCCUGUGCGGGGGCGUGGCCUCGUUGCCUGGAAACAGAGGGGCGGAGAAGGAAGUGUCUCGCAGUCCCACAGCAAGCAGCUGUACGAGUGGAUACUUCUCCCACAGCACCUCCAACGCUACGCUUUCAGACGCGCCGUUCUCAGGCAGCGAGAGUUCGGAUCGUCUCAGCGUCGGCUCCAGAGACGCCGCGGAGCUCCAGGAGCACGCGAGAAACUCCCUGACUGCUAAAAGUGCCUUAAACGAGGCUGCUCACGUCCACUCCUCGUCUGCUCACUCAAACACCAGUCAGGAGUUCACAGACUUCAAAGGCGCCGGGGACGAAUUCGGAGAGGACGAACUCAAGCACUUUGACUGGCACACGGACGCGGAACGUGCCGGAAUUUCCUCCAAACAUCCAGCACACGUGAGCACUGACGUUGUAGCAGCACCGUGCCACCUCCACAACGGCAACGAGGGUCCGUCCUCAUCCUCGUCCUCACCCGGGACGCCCCCUCGCCCCACUGCAGCAGAGGACACGGCACGUAGAAACGGAGCCAGAAUUAGCCCCGCCCCCUCGAUUGAGGACGAGGAGGGCGUGCCGGUGGCCCAGCUACCCGACUGGAUGGCACCUGGAGAGCAGGUGUGGGUGGGCACGAGGAGUGGCACGGUGCACUAUGUGGGCGGAGUCGAGUUCGCCCAGGGCAUCUGGGUAGGAGUGGAGCUGGACUGUGCAGUAGGUAAACACAACGGCACGGUGCAGGGUCGAGUGUAUUUCCGCUGCGCCACGGGUCACGGCGUGUUUGUGCGUCCGGCGUGGCUCAGUAGAUCGCCCGUCUCCAUGGACACCGACCCACAGCUCCAGCCCGUACUGCUGUAGGGAAGACACGCCCACUUAUUAUGGGAUGGUUUCGGUUCAGAGUUGAUGUGGAACAGGCUACGGGCCGAUAUUUAAUAUCAGAUCAUGAUCAUUUUAUCAGGAUGAAAUAUUCUCCAUACGGACGCACGCAACGCUGGAUUUUUAUUCAUCCGUAAUAACAGAGCUUCCUUCAUAAUCCAGGGACUAUCAUAACAGUAUCGUGUGUUAAAUAUCACAGUAUAGCGUAUAACUGAUUAUCGGCACAUACCUAGCGUAGACUUCUCUCUCUCUCUCUCUCUCUCUUUAUUUCCCUGUGUAUUUUUAUUUAGAUUAUACGACUAUUUAAAAAAAAAAAAAAGAUCCCUCUUUGAAUGUCAAAUGCACCGUUGCACAAAUUCUCCCUCACAAUAUCUUAUCGAUGACUUUUAAGCUCGAACUUAACUUCAAGCCAGCUUCCGUUUUAUGCCUUAUUUUACCACUUUGACUGAACACGGCUGAGUGAGGAUGAAAUUCAGCUUUGGGGCUUUGAGGCUAAAAUCUGGAAAAUCAGCUGAAGUUGAGAAAGUACUACUGUUUAUUCACGUGAUUAUAUCAGGUGUUACCAAAGACGCUUCCAAUUUGCUGUUUAAAACUGAAACCUUUUGUGUUCUUAUCAUGUAUAUGUGUGUGUAUAUGAGUGUGUGUGUGUGUGUGUGUGUGUGUUAGACAUGUGUCAAUAUUAUCAUAAUAUCACCAUAAUCGCACCAUAUUUUUUUUCAUCUUUACUGUCAAGACGAUUUUUACAGAUUGUCUCGACACGCUGACUCAUGCGACGUUGCGCUUUGUCAGAAUCGUCCUCUAAGUAAAAUAAGAGACUUUAAAAGAUGCUGUCCUUUUAAAUGGCACAAGUUUUAUCUCGGAGCACAAACUUUCAACAAACGUGAAUAUUUUUAUACAAUUUAAUCAGAUCUUUGUAGUUUUAGUGAAACUCAGACAGACAGCGUAUAAUUAAUGAGUUGACUUUCCAGACUCUCAGACGCUGAGAAAAUUAAAACCCAAAUAAACAAGGGCUAAUUUGCGUGUCUAAUUGAAUAUCCUGUGUGUGUGUGUAUGUAUGUGUGUGUGUGUGUGUGUGUGUGUGUGUGUGAGAUUUGUUCUUGAUAGCAAAUUUAAAUCUCUAAAGUACUAUUCAGGAUUGUUGAGUCAUGUAGCUGGAGGAUCAGUCACAGGUAUAAAUCACAGAGAUGGGCGUGUCUUCGCGACUAUAAGCGCUUGUUGUAAGGGGCGUGGCCACGCAUUAGCAGGUCACAUGACCAUACCAUGUCUGUACGCUAUACCUGAGCUAGGAGCUCGUUAACUCUUUCCUCAUCAACUCAGAGACCUCCGUCACGUCUCAGACACGUCCUUUUAAACAUCAUCUGCAUUGUAUUGUAAAACAUUUAGUUUGGUUUUGGAAGGAGACAAAAGAGUGAACGCUUCCUGAGAAUUCGUUAAUAUCGUUAAUUUGCAAAUGAUGAAGUACAGAAGGAUCAGAGUAUUUUAAAAAAAGGAUCAGAGUUAUGGGCAAUUCACCUCUCUAAGCCUAUUGUUUGUUGGUUUUUUUUUUCGAUAAUAUAAAUCUAUGAUUGUUGCUUCAAUUCAUUGAAGUCGUUGCCUUUUAAAUUGAUGCGUUGAUCCAAAUCGUCCAAUCGUUACACCAUCUGAAGAUGAAUUUAGGAAGCUUUAGUCCUCCUGAUCGGCGCCCCCUAGUGCCCUACAGCGUGUGUGGAGGAGGCUUGUUAUUAUCAGCUAAUACACCUGUAACGUAUAGUGUUUAGUGGAACUGCUGUAUCCGAACAUCCUACUCGCAGGAGCGUCGGCCAUUUUGAAGUGUGUGUAGCGAUAAACAAAUUAAUCAUUGGCACAUGUCUAGUGAGUGAGUGUAUGUGUGUGUGUGUGUGUGUGUGUGAAGAGAGUGUGUGACUGAUUCUCACUUAAGUGCCAUAUCUUUGGUUUCAACGCCUCACACUUUUAAGAUUGUGGUAAGAAGUUUGUUACAGGAAGUUGCCUUGUUUUCUUACUGGUUUUCUGAGUACUGUAUCUGUGUAAAGAACUUUAUUUGGGAACUGUUGCCUGAACGCUUGCACUGGAGAGACGUGUCCUGGAUGCACUGAGCCUCCCGAGAGGCUCGAUCCGGAGAGAGAGCUGCAAAUCCGACGCAUAAAAAGCACCUUGGUUCACGCCUUGUUCUGUAACGCAGGGCGAGCUCGGACUUCACCACGGACACAUCGCUGACGCUGUUCGACGCGUCAGUCCCUUUUAACUGCAGCAGCUUUUCAGUUUUUUUGACUAAUAAGUAAUAUUUUCUUACUUUGUAACAAGUAUGUGCUAAAGAGCAUUUUUAUAAACGAUCACAUCAGUCACUUAAUUUCUUUAUCACUGUUUUGCAUUAUAUCACGAUGUAACACGUAGCAGUCUGGUUGUAAAGGAAACGUUACAAAGCUGCCUUCCGAUUUGUCAAAAACAGGCUGAUGUAAUGACGCUCGCAAUAACAACACUGUGUGUUAAAUAUCACGAUCAGAUCGUAUAACUGAUGAUCAGCACAUGCCUUAUUGUUUUUAUACUCAUGCAACUAAAUGAAUAUAUUUUUUAAAAGGUAACAGGACGAGGAGAGACGGACGCGCACUGGCCUCGUGGCUGGAGGAGUCAGUACAGUUAAAGACUAUUUUUUGCUGAAGAACUAUCGUGGGAGUGUGUUUUAAUGCUGUAACUGUUGGAUGAAAGAAACCCAAGCCCUUACUCUGGAAGACAAGCUGCUCUCCUUCACGAGGACUUGUACAUAGAGCUGUAUUUGAACCUAUAUAAUGUACAGAACUGUAUUUAUAAUGUAUCAAGAAAAAAUGGGUACAAAGAUCUUCUAGAAUACAGAACGUUUACAGUUUAAA